AAUGUUUUCUUUGCUACAUAAUUCCAUAUAUCUUGCUUAAUAAUAUUUGAUGUAUCUACAAUAUAGAAAGUAGUAAAACAAAAGAAAAAUGAGAAGGUGUGUCCAAACCUUUGACUGGUAGUGUAUGUCAUUUGGACCAACCACCUUUGCACUCUUCAUUCUCUUCAUAGCUGCCCUCACUUCCUUUCUAAUCAGCACUUUCUGAUUCACAAACCGUGUUCCACCCACCUUCCCCUCUCUUACAUUUUCUACACCCAUCAGUUCCUCAAAAGUAUUUCUUCCGUCUUGUCAACACCCUGACUUGACUCAUUAGCACAUUUCCAACUAUCCUUAAUCACCCCGACCUGCUGCUCAUCCAUUCCAGCUCGAUCUCUGUCUAGCCAAUUGACAAGUUAUUUUCACCUUCUUUUAUUGUCGAGACUCACAUAUAAUGCACUCUAAAGAUUUUUUCUUGCUGUACACUUAGCUUCCCAGUUCUUCUUUGCACUUUGUUCAUUUCCCACUUUUUUUUGGUCUUUUUUUUUUUAGACUCUUCCUUCAAAUGCUUUCCCGUAUGUCUUUAAUUCACCACCAACUUUCCCUUUCUAAUUUCCUGUCAAGAGGAUACACCACCUACCUUGUUGGUACUUUCCCUCACUACUUCAGCUGGAAAACAUUUUCACUCUUUAACACCAGGAAUAGCAGCAUUUGGGGGGUUUUUUUGUUUUUGUUUGUUUUUUUUAGGAAAAACUGAAUAUAUCAUACAGUGGAUCUAUUUAGGGCACUUGUCUUGUUCUACAUUUUGUCAUUUUACAGCCUUACACUAAAAAAAAAAAGGAUUACAUUCAUUUUUCACAUCACAAUACCCCAUAUUUACAAAAUGAGAAAAAUUAAUGUAUUCAUUUUGGAAUAAGGCUGUAACAAUGCAAAAAGCAGAACAAGUGAAGUGCUGUGAACACUUCUCAGAUGUGUUGUAUUUUAAACUGUCCAGCCCUUCGAGCCCUGCAGUGAGCCGGAUUGGAUCCCUUGGUGAGUCUUGUCUGGUCCUCGGACCAAAUGUUUGGCAUCUCAGAGAUAAAAUGUUACAUUUCAAAUUUGAGACAAUAGUGUAAAAAAGUAAAUAAGGGUAGCUUCUAAUAUUAAGCUAAGUUUAAAGGGGAGAAAGAAAAAUAGAAUAGAAUGCCUUUUAUUGUCACUAUACACAUGUGCAAUGACAUGCAGACAAAACAAACAAACCCUUCAGUCUACAGGCUGGAUCAGGUAUCUCUGAAAAUCCCAUGAGUAACAGUUAUAAUAGUAAUCUAAGCCAAGCAGUCAUUUUCUGCUUGGCUUAGAAGACCUGAAGGCUUCAGAGAUCAUCUGUGUCUGUCUAAAAGUUACAUCAUUUCCUUCCGAGAACUCUUCCAAGCGCUGGCUUAUUUCUGGGGGCUUGGACAACAAUUUCCUGGCAAUCCGAUUGAGAAAUUCCCUGCACGUGGGGAAGGAGACACCUUAGUCUAUAUAUGGUCAGCAGACCGGAGCCCUUCCUGCGCCUGUGAAACUUUCCCCAGCCAUUUAACAUAACGCAUUCACGUGCUGUCGGAAAUUAGCAUUUCACACGUUGGUCGUUUCACAAUCCGGACCUUAAAAGUGUGAAGGUAACAUGUCGGAGAUGUUAGCAUAAAAACACGGAUUUACUGCGUGACGUGAAGCUUCACAACAAUGUGCGUGUGUGAGAGAUAAAUCGACUACACUUUGUAAGCACGUGUGGGGAGUGAAACUAACAUGCUGCACGUGAAAGCAGCACGUCCUCCAGCUUUGCAUGGCAACGGGUCAGUUUAAAAUAAAGAGAAACCGAAAGAGAAAGAGAACCGCAGCAUCAUGUUGCAUCAUCUGUUGCCAAACCUGCUGAACUCAUAAGUCAUCAGAUAAACCGACUGAGCUCCUCAUUCAGCGCCACACAGUCACCAAGCAACACAUCAGAUGUUAGUCUGUAGCACGGCAACAGGUCCCAGCAUUACCUGCUCUGUAACCUGCACUCCUGCUCUGUCCUGAUAUCCCGAUAAUCGCGUAUGAAUGGAUACGGCUUCCCGUGCUGCACUCAUGAUCCAGGACAGGUGAAAGCCUCGUGCUGCCGCAGACGACCAGCCGACAGGUGAGCCAGUCUGCUGCAGGACCGUGGGUCAAGAUGUCCCCGUUAUUCAUGGACUCCGGGUCCGAGUCCACCAGCCCCGGCAGUACUGCAGGAUCGGAGAGAGAAAGAGGGGGACAACAGAUGGGAUCCAGAGGGACAAAAAGACGGGAGAAGAACAGGGAUGCGGCGAGGAAGAGCCGCAAAAAACAGACAGAGAGAGCAGAUGAACUUCAUGAGGAACUCCAGAAUCUGGAGCGCUCAAACUCGGCUCUUCAAAAGGACAUCGCUGCAUUGAAAAAAGAGCUGCACUUCUACACGACGUCGCUGGAGCGUCACAAACCUUACUGCCGCCUCCCCUCCAGCCUUGCGGGUUCUUCUUCCGCUGACUGUCAGACAAGCUCCAACCAUCACGGAAUCGCUGAGGCCUCGGACUCCAACGUGGCUGCUUCCUCUCCACUCUCCUUCUCUCUGACCUCCAUGACCUCCAGCCUGGGACUUCAGAGCGUUGACUGCGUCGAAAGGAACCACGUCUCUCCUCCAGCUACUACAACAUUAGCCUCCUCUGCUCAUUCUUCACCUAAGCUCUUCAAUUCCUCCUCCUCCUCCUCUUCCUCCAGCCCAGUGACAAUUCCCUAUUCUGCAUCUUUUACCACAUACACAGCUCCGCACUCUUUAUUUAGCAAAGAACCUAUAAUGACCUCAAGCACAACAAAUGGUAUACCCAUCUGUGACGGUCUUUUUUCAAACCCCGUUCCCUCCGGUGUCCUCUCCACAGCCACGCAGCCCACGCUGGAGCAAGACACCCUCUGUGAAAUUGAUUACACAGCGGACGGAUUUUUUAAGGAGAAAACAUCUUUUCUAAAUGCUACAGCUGACGCUACACCCCCUUAUUCCCAUUUAGAGGCUGGAAGCGCGGGUGUAGUAGCACCGGGUUGCAUGCCCCAGCUGCCUCCAUGUCGGUUUAGUGGAAACCAAAGCAGUUCAAUUCCACCGUCUACUUUUUUACCAUCACCUCUUCAAAAUCCUCUUCCUCCUUCUUUUUUAGCAUCAGCAGCUUCAGGUUUGGAGCCAUCACCCGUGCCUUCUUUUUCCUCAAAGCAGAGUUAUGAUCAAGACAAUACAUCAAACAGUGUGUCUCUGCUCUCCCUGCUCACUGUCCCUGGUCCACUCGAUAUAUCUCAAGCUACCUCCAGCAGCUUCGACAGGGCUCCGUCUGAACCUCCGCCAUUGGCGCCACAACCAGGGGUUCCCUCAAAGGAUCUUGAUCUUUGUGAUUUGUACGACUGGCUCAUAAGUGGGAAUAAUAACCAGUAGAUCUACAGAAAAGUCAUUUUAAUUCAUGUGUUAUGAGGAGAUGACCUCUGGAUUCAAGCUAGUAACAAACUAAAGACUGAAUGUCUUCUGUCAUAUUUCAUAUUCAUACCAGAUGCUACUUAUUUAUUGAGCUUUCUGUUACGAAAAUGCAGCGAUUUCAUGAUUGAUCUUCCAUUUGGUUUGGUUACAGAAAAAUUGUCAAUCUGAACCCUGCAGUCUCCAGAAUGCAACCGGUAGCUGACUAGAUUCUCAUGUAUUUGUACCUCCAGCAUCACAGGUUAUCUCAUCCUCUCUGAGACUAAAGUAAUCUUUAUGUCUGCGCUUAUUAGUGAGUAGCAUAAAAAUGCCUCCCAAACUUUGAGGGUCUGGAGCAGAAAUCUCUCAUUUCAAGCCAAAAUCCAGUCAUCCUAGCUGAGAGUCGAGGAUUUUGAAAUGCAAACAAACGCAAUAAAUUCCAGUGUCUAAAAAGACAUUUUUCCACCGUCAGUAAUCAGUUUGCAGGCGCCGCUCUUUCCUAAAUCAGGAAAAGAAGACAUAGUAAAACUGAGUCAACAUGGUGAAACUUGUAACUUUUAAUUUUAGAUUGGGUGGAGUGGUCCUCUCACUUCCUUGCAACUUCAUGGAAAGGUUACCAGAACAAAUUUCCUUCUAAGCUGCAGCACAAACGCAGGGCAGUGCCAAAGUUAAUCACAGAUCCUUACUCACUUUCUUCUUCUUUUCUUUUGUGCACCUUAACCUUAAUUGAAGACACACAUUCUCAGCACAUAUUCUGCUACUGCUGCUAACUUAUAUUUAAAUCUUAAAGUGAAAUCAGCCUCUUUCAUGAAAUCGGUGCGGCUACUAUGAAGUCCCGGUGGGAUCGCUGGCCUUCUAAAUUCCCUGUGAUCCACUGCGAAGGGCUGGUUUAUUACAAGGUUGCAUUAGAAUGUAGUGAUCCCAACUAUCGGAGCUAAUAAUGGAGCUAACUCUCUAACAGUGUAGCUCAAAGUCUUGUACAGAAACGUUUUAGUGGUUUUUUUUGUCACGCACUCUUAUGACUUGCUUAUACAAGCAUGACUUCCAUGUAGAAGCACACUAUGAGAUUAAAUAACCUCUUAUAUAUAACCGUUGACUGGUUAACCCUUCAAAGCCUGAACUGUGAAACGAUUACCUACAAAUUCAAACUUUAGUGAAAAUGGAGUGUUUAUUGAACAUUUUAACGACAUUUAAACAAAAAAAAAUAAUUAACUAUUAAUUUGCAUCCUGCACUUUUUUUUGCAAUUUAUUCCUCAUAAAUGAAUCGGAAUGAAAAUAUCUCACUGAUGAUGUAGAUGUCAGGAUGAUGUAAACCCACGAAAACUGUAUCAGCUGUACUUGGCUUUAAAGAGUUGAAGAUGGACCUGCAGCUGUUGUUGCUUAAGUUAUUCAUUUUAUGUUUAUUCAUAGAGCCCAAAAGGAUAAUUACAGCUGACGUAGAAAUAAAAAUAGUUUCUGGAUGUCACGGGGUGGGUGAUGGGGGGUGCACACAAGUAUGCUGUGCAUGGAGUAAUGGUGUUUACCCAUUUUCAGGUGGAUUGGGAGCAAUAAUUACCCUGUAAUUUUAAUUCAUUUGUAAUUUAAAAAAUCUUUCUAUAAAUCAGAUGCUAUAUCAGAUGCAGCUCUUGCUUUCCAUAAAAAAAUAUAAAAUUGUUGGUCCAAACUGCCAAUUUAACACAAUUUAUGUUUUAGUACAUUUUUGUGCUCAUUUCAAGUGAUUUGACCCUGUGAACCAGGAGGCGGAUUAAUGUCUUUUAAAGGAACUGCUGCUGAAACAAGUGUUUUUUCCAAGUGAUCCUUUUAAUUUUUUUUUAAAUUUUAUAUAUUUUAUAUUCACCCUGUAUGGUAUACCUGUAUAUUUGUGCAUAUGGCGGCUGUCGGGCUUUGUAUUAUUUGUAUUUAUCAUGGAUCAAAUAAUAUAUUGAACAAGGAAACUAAUAAUAAAAAUUAUAUUAAAAUGGG